CCUGGCUGAGGGCUGGUUGCCAUAGAGAUGGGGGAGAGGACAGUUCCAAGGCUGGCAGAAGGGGGUGGGGGGCGGGGCAGGACACCAAGAUGCUCAACACCCGCCAACAGUUGGUCAGGACCACAGCGGGGAGAGCUGGGCAGGACCCCAGGCUCCAGGCUCCGGGGAUGGGCACGGGGCUGCUCAAGCUUCUGUCCGGCAUCGACCAGGCUGAGCAGGGGCGGCCGGGGAGUGGGAAUCGUGUCCUUUGGAGUCAGCGGCAGAGAUGCCAGAGUGGAGGGGCAAAGAAGGACCGGAGGCCCAGAAGCUGGAACAGUAAAGGGCCCGGCUCUGCUGAGGCUGAGGAUCUCCUCCUCUCUGCUCCUCGGAAGCCCUCCUUCCCCUUCCAGUGGGCCUGGGAGAGCUACAGCGCCGACGGCCAGGCUCCCCCCCGGCCCGGCUCCCGCUCCGCCCCCGCGGCCCCGCAGCACAAGCUCGGCCGCAGGUGCCCGGACAGCUGCCUGGAGGCCCAGGACUUGUGCUGGCAGCUGACGGUGCGGAGCCCGGAGAGGGUCCGGCAGCUCAAGGCCUGGGACGUCUCCGUCCCUUCGGGCCACGGGGAGGGCCAGGAGCUGGAGCAGCCCCCCUGCAGGAAGCCAGGAUCGGAAUCGGAGGCCGAGGAGGAGGCCGAGGAGGAGGCGGAGGAGGAGGCCGAGGAGGCAGAGAGGAGCCUGCCCCAGCCUCCCAGGAGCAGGUCCAUCUUGGAGGAGGAAUGGUCGGAGUCAGAGGAGCCAGAGGAGGCUCCGGAGGCUCCGGAGGCCCAGGGGCACGAGCACAGGGCCCCCGGCCGACGGAGGGCCGGCUCUCGGAGGAAGGCGUGGCACUCCUGCGUGGAGGACUCCGAGGAGGGCGAAAGGAGCAAUCCCGGCUCCAAUGGCCCCCUCUGGCCGCAGCGGGGGAAGGCCAGGGCCACGGGGCUGGAAGGGAUGUGGGACCUCGAGAAGUUGAAGCAGCAGUUGGAGCACAACUUGGAACUAGGCCUCAAAAAGCAUCCCUGGAAGGCGUGGCGGAUUGCUGUCCAAACCUGCCACCGCCCUGGGAGGGCCCAGGCCUCGGGGGAAGAGGGGACGCUGCUCGCCAGCUUCCCCACCCGCACCUUCCAGAAACGGCAGGAGGCCAACAGAAGCAUGCUGCAGGCCUGGGAGCGGCGGCAGCAGGAGGAGCAGCAGCAGGCUGAGCAGCGGAGGGCCCGGGAGCAGCAGGUACAACAUCAGGUGGCCCGCUGCCUGGCAACCUAUGCGCCCAGGACUCAAGGGCUGGGGUCCGCCCAACGCAAGCUGGAGGAGCUAAGGCGCCAGGAGCGGCAGCGCUUCGCUGAGUACCAGGCCGAGCUGCAGGGCAUCCAGCACCGGGUGCAGGCCCGGCCCUUCCUGUUCCAGCAGGCCAUGCAGACCAAUGCCCGGCUCACGGCCGCCCGGCGCUUCUCCCAGGUGCUGUCGGCGCUGGGGCUGGAUGAGGAGCAGCUGCUGGCGGAGGCCAGGAAGGGGGAUGCCAAGGGCACUUCCCGGAAGCCCAGGAGCCAACGACCAGCAGGGGAGAGAAUGGAGCACUCUUCUCAGAGCACCCCCGAGACGGGAACCGCGGGCCGCCAGUCUGAGAGGCACUGCACCCAAGCCUGGACUGGGGAGCCAGUCCCUUAGA